AUGGGAUUUUUCAGUAUCAUCAAGGAAGCUUGUAAACUUUCGUUCACAUGGAAGAAAUUAUUCUCACAUAUCGCCGUAGGCAUACUCUUGCCUCUCGCAGCCCUUAACUUGAACGAAAUCCAAAUUAGUCACUACAUCGAAACCGAAACUUAUCAAAACAACGAGAAUGCCAGACGCCUUGCUUUGAGUAUAACCCAAUUUGUCUACGCACUGGCUUUAGUGUUCUUUACUCUGUACUCGACUUCCAUUGUGGUUUACGCCGUUGCUUGUUUCUAUACCUCCAAAGAUGUUACUUUCAAGAAUGUCAGCGGAGCAUUUAGUAAAGUAUGGGGGAGGCUUAUCGUAACUUUCUUGUGGUAUUUACUCUUCGUGGUUAUAUACUUGAGUGUGGCUAUCGGUUUGUUGAUCUGGUUUGCGACCACGACUGGUGACGUGAGGAACAAGUUAGCUAUUGCUCUUGUUGUUCUAUCAGUAUUCUACUUUAUCGGACUGGUUUACGUAACACUCAUUUAUAACGUCGCGACGGUAGUUUGCGUUUUGGAGAAGGAUUAUGGCAGAAAAGCCUUUGGAAGGAGUAUGAAGUUGAUCAAGGGUAAGUUAUGGGUUUCUUUCUUUGUCUAUCUUCUUCUUGAUAUCGCAUUUGCCGGUAUACUGGUCGUAUAUUCUUUGUUCGUGGUUAAUGCUAACAUAUUGAGUUUAGUGGGGAAAGUAUUUGUGGCAAUAGGCUGUUAUUUGUUGAUGACAAUUCUACUUCAUUUCUAUUUUGUUAUUCAAACGGUCAUCUAUUUCAAGUGCAAGUCUCACCACAACGAGAGCUUAUCAGAUGUUGUGCGUCACUUGGAGGAUUCUUACAUACAGUUGGGCAGGGAAAAUGGCGCACAACGAGUAUCCGUUUGA